AUGCUUCCCACACCACCCAAGCCUUCGCGCAAAGGCAAAGAGCGCGCAGAAAGUGUAUUCCGCCCACGCGUCUCCUUCGACACGUUCGACCGGCCUGCCGAUUUUAUAGAAGAGAACUCUUUCACUCUACGGGAAAAGCACAAAGAUUAUGAGUACACGAAACGCUCGCGAACUUUCCUCUGCGGUCUUGACUCGAACGACUACUCCGAGUAUGCCCUGGAGUGGCUGAUCGACGAACUAGUGGACGAUGGAGAUGAAGUGGUAUGCCUGCGGGUCGUAGAAUCAGACGCGGGAAUCGAGAAGGGGAGGUACCGCACCGAGGCAGAGGAGUUGAUGGAAUACAUUCAGACGAAGAACUCGGAUAACAAGGCCAUAAACUUAGUCCUGGAGUUCGCGGUGGGCAAAGUAAACAAGGUUAUAGAUGACAUGAUCAACCUGUACGAACCAGCUAUCCUGAUUGUUGGUACCCGUGGACGCAGCCUCAAAGGCUUCCAAGGGCUCUUACCUGGCUCAGUCUCGAAGUACUGCCUGCAGCACUCGCCCGUACCCGUCAUCGUUGUCCGCCCAAAUGCCAAGCGAGCGAAGCACAAGCGGCAGCGACUAGAAGAUCCGGAGCGGCAGGGCUACAGAAACCUCUUAGCCAAGAGCGGACCACAAGGCGGCCACAUCCUCGACAGGAGCAAUCGCGACAGCCUACUGCUCGACAACCCCAAGCCUAUUUCCCAGGCAGAGUCCGACGCAGAAGCGGCAGCUGUAGCGGCAGCGAUCGGGUACAAACCGGCUCCAUCGUCUCAUCCCCUGUCCCAGAUGCACGGUGCGCCGCAGAUACGGGUAGAGACGGAUUUGGCCAGGACACCCACUUCGCCGGAGAGUACUUACAGUCCGCUAAGCGCAGGAGACUUGUCAUCACCGGAAAUACUCCGUAGCCCAGGCCCGGUGUACAAGGAUCUAGAGUCGUCGCAGACACUGGAGCCAUUGGACAGCCCGGCCCCUAGUGUCGACUCGAGCGACGAUGAGGACGAACGGCCGGGACGACCGGGGACUAUAAGAGAGCAUGGGCAACCUGAACUGACUCUUCUGCCAAAGACAAAUGCAUCGGAAGAGGAGGAUUCGUCUCCGAAGUCGGCAUCUGUGCCUCAGGAUGAGGUUGCGAUGGCGGAGAAUUCGAAGCCGAGGACUUGGUUAGACUAUUCUUCGAGAUGA